GCGCGCAUCGAACCCGUCCUGGACGAAAGUCCUUCCCGCUCCGUCGCACGUAGGACACACGUUUCCUCAUCUCUCGACGCUCGACGUUCCCGACGUUCCCGACGUUCCCGACGUUUGCUCCACAGAUCGGAUUCGCGCGUCGUUCUCGCGCGAUCGUUCGUCGCCGUGUUUCCGGUUCCCGCUGCGAGAGCGUCGCUCUCCCGCGCGAGCGGAACGUCUGUCACGAUCGUCCGAGCGACGUGGAUUUAGGAAGGAUUAGUUUGUGCAUACUUAAUGGUGAUGGUUCACGAAGAAGGAGGGAAACGUUCGCGAUCGAUAAGGUCGAUCGAAGGAAACGGGGGGGAACGCGAUUCCCGCGGAUGCUGCGACGGAGAACGCGACGGUAGAACGAUGAUAGAUCGAGGACAAUCGUGCUUCGCCGCCGUCUAAAGACACUCAAGUGCGGUAACAGCCAAUGACAGCCAUCAAGAGCCGUCGUGCUUUCAAUCGGCGUAUAAUAUGUGCCCGUUCGGUUAGGUAAUUGUAUCGAGGUCAAACGUCAUCAUGUCGAGUACCGCUUGUUAGGAGAACGAUGUAUUCGAUCCAAUACAUUGCCACAUUUUUCAGAGGUAGGAUAUUUAGCUUGCAAUUUUCCAGCCAAGUAUCUCAUCAUGUACAGAAAGGAAAAUACGAAGGGCGUGAAAUAGGGAGGAAGAUAGAUAGAAGUGUCCGAAAAAUCGACAGAAAAGUCACCGCAAUCGUGUUAAGAUAAAUUAUAGUUUCAUUUUUGCGCGCGGCGGAAAAAUUUAUUAUUGACGCUUCGGCUUUCUCCCGAUACAUACACGAAAGAGCGAUCUUUUUCUUUCCGAUUCUCCAAGGUGCUCUACCGAUCCAUCGUCGUCCCAUCGCCGUCCAUUGUCGGCCGUUUCAUCCUUUUUGAAACGACGACAUUGAAGAGAACGGUAUUUACGUUCGGAGUUCAGUACCAGUGUUAGCCCGCGAGCAGAUGAGAAACGCACAAACAAACGAUCUUGACGUUUGAGAAGAUUCGUGGGGGACGAGAGGGUUGGACAAGUUCGUCAGUGUCCGUUUAAAAGUCGUGCUGUUUUCUGCGCGGAAUUUUUUACCUGUGCACGAACCCUCUUGCUAUAUGUGUGCCGCGUGAUGCGCCCUUAACGGUGAGGGGGUGGGAAGAUCGAGCCGAUAAGCGCUGGUUGUUUCCACGCUUUAAUUCGUCCCUUGCUUUCGCGUGUGUCUGUGUUUGUCUUUGCGCGUGUGUGUGUGCCUCACUUCGGUGAGCGGUCGCCGCGCCAAUCUGUCGCUCUCGGAAGUGGUGAGUUUGCUGGGCCUCGCCGACGACGACGAGGUCCUCGCGGGCACGUCGGAGGAGAGCAGAAAACGCGCCCUGUGGCAGUUUUAUUCCACGGGCAUGCUCACCCACAGCCACAGCGAUGGAGAGUUCCCGAUGUACUCGCAGGCAAAAAAGCAAAAUGGUGCUGCUCUGCGAACAAACAGUUUGGGUUCGGGAGCGAGAACGCCACCCUUGGAAAGAAAAAGUAAAUUUUCUGCCCUCGGUAGACUUUUCAAACCUUGGAAAUGGAAGCGGAAAAAGAAAUCGGAUAAAUUUGAGGCCGCUUCUCUGUCGCUCGAGAGAAAAAUCUCAGUACGUGCCAGCAGAGAUGAAUUGGUGCAGAAAGGAAUAUUGCUGCCCGUGAUACGAUCGACUUCGUUUCCGGAAAAUGAAACGAUAAGCGAGUCGGUGACAGACGCGCAAAAACCACCGUCGCCGCAGCAAACGUCUCAGCAGCAGCAGCAGCAGCAGCAGCAGCAACAACAACCGUCGCAGCAACAGCCACCCGGCAUCACUGUGACUGGUAGCACCGGGGGUGGCGAUGGCACCCCCGCGGCAACACCCACGUCCGUCGGUAACGUGCAGCAUUCCCAGCAAUCCCAGCAAGCGGUACCCUCGGCCACGCCGACCCCGACGACUGCCAACCCGCAUUCUACUACAGGACCGCCCAGCAGCAAUCAGCCAUCGCCUCAUCCCUCGCCUCUCUACUCCGUGAUGCCGCAGCAGGCCGGCCAGCCCAACGGCAGCACGCAAGAGCCGAAGAAGGAAAAGACCGAACAGAAUGCGAACGGCGCGAUAUCGCCAAGCGGCGGUGGCGGUGGCGGCGAGCCGCAGGCCGCCAAUUUCGGCACGGCCACGACCGGCUCGGCGGUGCCGGCCCCGGAUGCCGGGGACCAGCCGAGGCCGAACCGGCCGAGCACCCUCGACGCCAGGGUGGUGGCCAGGAGGCUGAUCUUGUUCGACAUGGACAAGGGGGUGCUGGAUCAGAGCGCCGACAAUCAGCAGGUGAUCGAGAGGUGUUACCCGCUACCACCUCAGAACACUCUGGUGCUGUCGGAGCUCCCGGAACCGCCGAUACCGCUGAGCGAGAUCGGCCCUAUACCACCCCCGCCGAUGUUCAGCUCCCCGAGUCCGACUUUGCUGGCGCGACAGCGUCAAGUCCCGCUCUCGGACUGCGAGGACGAGGAUGAGGAGGACGUCGAUGUGGAGGAGGAGGACGACAACAUGUACGGCUUCAAGGUGUCUCAGCCUGAUCCGGCGAUCGACACGAACCGUGUCGAGGAGAUACCGGCGAAGGAGCCCAAGUUCCACGCCGUACCGUUGAAGAGCGUCCUGAAGAAACGGGGUUCCGGAAGCGGGCCCGGCACGCCGCAGAACACACCGACGCAGGAGAACAGGCCGCUGACGCUUCGCCAGGAGCUCCACGCCUCGUUCAAAAGGCCACCGUUGAGGCCUAGGAUGAGAAUAUGCAGUCGACCGGUCAGAUUCGGCCUCGCUCUGCCCUGCACGUUGGAGAACAAGGAGAACGCGAGGCCUUACGUCAUCCGAGAAGACGUGGACGGCGACUCCGGCGACGGGCAGGUCCUCUACAGGGAUGAUUACGACGAUGAGAAGACCCGUUUGGCAGCUAAGAUCGCGCGCAAGGAAUCGCUAUCGCUGAAGCUCGCGCUCAGGCCGGACAGACAGGAACUCAUCAACAGGAACAUCCUUCAACUGCAGACGGACAAUGAGAGGCAGGAGACGAAAGAGGCCAUUGGUGCCAAGCUUAUUAGGCGGCUGAGUAUGCGGCCGACCCAGGAGGAACUCGAGGAGAGGAACAUUUUGAAAAAGCAAAGUCCCGCCGAGGAGAAGAAACAGAAGGAAGAGAAAAAACGCUAUCUUCUACGAAAGCUAAGUUUCCGACCGACUGUUGAAGAGCUCAAGGAGAAAAAGAUUAUCAGGUUCAACGAUUAUAUCGAGGUAACGCAGGCUCAUGAUUACGACAGAAGAGCCGACAAGCCUUGGACGCGAUUAACUCCAAAGGACAAGGCUGCCAUUAGGAAGGAGUUAAACGAGUUCAAGAGUUCGGAGAUGGCCGUUCACGAGGACAGCCGACACCUCACCAGGUUCCAUAGGCCAUGACAAUUGCAAUGUGUUGAGGUGCUACAGUGUGGUGCGGGUAUACGUGAAGGUGCAGUGUGGUGGCUUCGUGUUGAGGCCGGGUGAAGAAAGAAGGAAGAAAGAAUCGGUUUUCGUUACUUCCGGUUUUAAGACCGGAAUGCGCGAUAUUCGCGUCCGAUCGGUGACGGUGAAUUUCUUUGACGUUGCUGCGUCGUGUCGUUCGUCGUUGUCGCCAGAUAUCAUCCGCUGGCACUUCUUCCGUCAUCGUCAUUUAUACACGUCAACGACAAACGCCACCAUGACGUCGACGAAGAUUGUGAUAGGGUGACUCGCCGCCCCGUCGAAGAGGACUUGGCGGGUCGCUCGCCGAUUUCUUUUCACAAGGGUCGUUCACACCCGUGCUUGGUCGAACAGUUCGCGCUCUUUCCAACACCUAUCUAACUAUUCUUCAUCUCUUUAUAUCUUCUACAAUGAUCUCGUUAUAAUACACGCGUACACAAGGCGUUUAUAUUCCCAAGAUAUCUUGGAAAUAUUCUUAAAAUUUUUGGCGAUAAAUCCUCAAGUAGGUAUGCUACGCGCGAGUCUCUCCUUCCGCAUUGAACGACAUCAUUGAAAUUUAAAACUACAAUCUUCGGAUUCAGCUCUUGAAAGCUUGCCGUUGUUGAAAAUCAAAACACUGUAUAGUAAGUAAGACUUUUUUUAUCGAAAUGCUCACGUGUGUGUCCGCACGUUUACGCUGAAUAAGAUCCAAAGUCAUUUUAAAUUAUGUGUUCUGUCUCUUCCGUGUAUAUAUAAUUGACGUUUUUUGUUAUGAAUUUUUACAAAUUCUUUGUUGUAUAAUAUAUUUAUAUUAAUUAUAAUUAAUGACGUGAAUCACGUCUGUCACGAAUAUAUUUUAACAAUAAAAAUAUUACAUAUGGUGAAAACGCAUGUCACACGCAUACCGAUGCGUGAAAAUGUAUGGAUUAAUCGCGUACAAAUUGAUUGUGUUUAAAAUUAAUCGUGUAAGCCUUCGGCGUAAUUUUAUGGACAUUACGAGCGCGCGUGUGAACAUACCCUUAAACGUGUAAACACCAUUUUGCAAUCAAGCUAGCUCAUCAGUGUCACCUGGCAUCAUUGUAAAUGUAAAUGUCUCUCAAAUUUCAUUGUAACACAGAGAUGUUAUGAUAUGUCUCGUUAAUAUCACAAAAAAAAGAAUACUCGAACCUUGUAACGAAUAUUCGAGAAUCAGAUGAAGAGGUACAUCACAUUACAAUCGAUAUAUCUCGUAAAUAAUGUCAAGUAAAGUGAAUUCGGUUUAGUUUUUAACUAAAAAAAAGUUUUAGUAUUAAUAUUUUUAUACGUUGACGAAUGAACAGCAGCAGAGUUCGCAAAAUCAUUUUUCAAUAUAGUCCCUCGUUUUUUAUUAUUAAGAUUAUAUUCGGCUGACGUCCGAAAAUGUGAUUUACGAUAAUUCCAUGUUCUCACGAUUUUCGCGCAGAGAAUAUUCAUUGCUUGAGACUUUCACUAACACUAUUGCGUACGUAGUUCGUUAAGCUCUUCGUAUACACACCGCGCGAGGAAUGAAAACAGCUAUUCAAUGUCUACGACAAUCGGUCGACUGCUCGAUUGACAAAAAGAAACUGUUUUCCUUUACUGCCAGGUAUCACUCUCUUGUGGAGCUGCCUUGAGGAGCAAGCGCUUACGAUUAUUGUAAAAAAAAGAUAAAUAAAAAUAAAAUUGGACGUACUCCGUUCAUAAGAAAUCAGAAAUGCAUUGUGCAAUUAAACUUUGUACAGAAGUAGAUAGCGUGUACAUUAGUGACUAUUAUUAUCAUCAUUGUUAUAUCGAUAAUCGCUAUAGGGACGCUCUAUGGUCCUCGUUAAUUUCGAUCGUGUGCGCGCUUUAAUCGCGACAUUGUUAACAAAUUUAUUAAGAGCAGAGAUCGUUUGUUGUUCCGUGCGUUGAGUUGAAUGCGAAUAGAUUCGCGAUAAAAUUUCAGAAAAAAAAAAGAAAAUCAAACGCAUUUACGAUAAAUAUGAAUGCUCACUACAUAUUUUGAUGAAUAUGUUUACCUUAAUGGUUCGGUAAUAAAAGCAGAAUAUAUAUUAAAUCCCUGGAAUUGCGGCUAUUUACUAUCAGAUUAGUUUAUACUCGCAUCACCAGCAACGGAGCAUCAACGAUAAUCACUCUGUAAAGCAAUCUGAGUCAACAGUGGAUUGUAGUUCUUAAGUUAUAGUCCUGUCUAUAAUAUUGACUCAAAGAAAAAAAAUUGAAUUAGGCAGAAUUAGCGCUAACUGACGUCCGGCAACAACCGGCUCUUAGUAUCGAAACUCGUUCAGAUCCGUUGUUCUCAACAGAGAGUAAAACGAGCAAAAAAAGUAGUCGCGUUAUAAAAUUACCAUGUUGCGCGCAAAUUUAUAUCUAGAUUCUUAGUUGAUCGAAAAAACGAAGUCCAACGAAGGAGGAAAAAAAGAAUAGAUAAAAGACGAAAAGAGACACGUGCCUCGAUGUGCGAUGUGUCUUGCACGCUUAUCUCUGGAAGCUUCUUGCAUCCCCUCCAUUUGCUUGUCCUACCCCCGUUGUGCGAAACCGAUCCUCCCGUUCACGUCGUCAUUGACGCGACAGAGGUUCAUCGUAUAUUCUUGUUUUGGACAACCAGCGAGCGAAACCAAAAAAAAAAAACAAAAAAACAAAGAGAUUGCGAGCUACGAUCUUGCGUGAUACAAGCGAAUUCUACAGCAGCGGUGAGUAAAAACGAAGUCGCGGUCGUCAGUCUACUUUCCUCUCCUCGUUUAGAAAUCCUAGUUUUUAACGAUCGUCCAAUGGGGUGAGAGGAUCGGUGUGUAAUGUGUCGAUCUUUCUCUUAACCCGUCGGUGAACUCAGCUGUUCGAUAUUAAUUCGUCAACUUCGAGGUCGUCGAAGGUACAAAGGACGAGACGCCUCUACCUUCGGGAAAAUACCACGAAGAAGUACGUCAUAAGGAACGUCAUAAAAUAAUAAGCAGGGAGAUUUAAAGUGUCUCUCUCGUUCCAUUGGUCGAGCGCUGUGGCUACCAUGUAGUCGAUAAAUAUAUCCAUUUCCGGAUUACCUGGGUUGGUAUGAAUGAAUGCCCAUGUAUGAGUACGUGUGCGAAUAAUGUGCAUGAAGAGAGAGCAAAGGAAAGUGUGUGUAUAAUCAUUGAACAAAAAUUUUAGGAAGAGAGUGGUCGAAAUUUGAAUGGAGCGUCUCUGCGACAAUUUUUUUUCCUCGAGCUACGUUCGAAAACGUAUCUCUAUGUGUCGUCCUACAUACAUUUUCAUAAUAAAAUGUCACAUACAUACACUAGAAGUUAAAUUUUAAAAAACGGCCAUCAUUUCUCAUACCGGAACAUAUAGUCAUUUAACUAGUAAAAUUUAGACGUUUAUGAUGAAUGAAACAUGAAUAAAGAAAAUUUAUUCUCUAAUCAAUUUCAAUUUAAGUUAGAUUUUGUAUAAUAGAAAUGAAAUUAAAAUUUUAACAUUAAAAAACAUGAUAAUAAUUGCGAUUUUCCAUCAAAUUUUUGGAGGAAAAUACGUGAAAUUAUAGCUACGGUAGUUUUACACAUCGUGUAAAUUGUUAAAAUGCAAAUUUUAAGAUUAGAAAGUUAGGCAAUUCAAUAUCGUUGUCAAUGAUUAUUUUCAUCAUGUUCAAAUGAGUAAAUGACUGCUUUGAAAUGGGGUAGUCUUGCAAACUGUGAAACGACGUUCUCGAACGUAGCUUCACAUCCCCACACCUGUUCGAAGCGUCCACUCUCUGAGCGUGGAACAAAGACGAAAGAAGUAUAAAAAGCACGACAUGCGAAACAUAUGUCUAAAAAAAAUGAAUGGUUUUGUGUAUGUACAUAUUAAUAUAUAAAUAUAUAUAUAUAUAUAUAUAUACAUAUAUUCGCAUAUUGUAAAACACCGUGAUAGGAGAGAGCCCGCUGCUACACGCUACACGAUAUUACGCAAACGGUGAACACUUAUAAAUACUAAUUUUUAGAUAACGGCGCGCUCUAAAUGCAAAACAAUACACCAUAUACAUAUAUAAAUAUUAUACAUAUAAAUAUAUAUAUAUAAAUAGAUAUAUAUAACGCGUACAAGCAGUAUGUGCAUUUUCCAGCACAGAUAGUUGGUAUUUUGUGUACAAAACUGAACAAAAAGAAAACAAUUGUUGGAUAUUCUCUCUGGACGCGCCGAGUUCGGGGACCGCGCAUCGUAACGGAGAGGCGAGAGAAAUGAAAUUAAACGUCAGUCUCCGUUGCAAUCGCAUCGCUGAACGAUUGAACAACGAGACGAUCGGCCGAUCGACGGCGCGGAACGGCACAAAAGCGCGUCGCGUCGCGAACCAUCGACCCCGUAGUUACUUCAUAUAUCGUCAUCCCAUCUGAAUGUAAUAAUAUUAUCGUUCAAGUCUAGCGCAUUCUCUCUCUUUCUCAAUCGCAUCCCGCUUCAUGUGUCCAAACCGUUUCUCUCUCUCUCUCUCUCUCUCUCUCUCGUUACGCGCAAUAAGCGACACACCGCUUAUUCUGCAAAACGAAUCCGAAAAUGAAAUUAAUUUAGUUUUCCGCACCCUUCAGACGAUUCUAAAAUGCUGGCGAAUCUUCGACACUCUUCUCCUUUAAGCGAAAAAAAAACCCCAAAAUAUUUUUUAUCUAAGAAAAUAUAAAUCUCUUAUAUUUCCUGUGAAAAAAAUGGAAGCUAAGAUCUUACGUUUUGCAGAAUAGCGGAGGUUUGGCGCGGUAAUCACAAUAAUAGAGUCGGGCUGUAAAAAAAAAGAAAGAGGAAAGUGAACGGAAAUGAAUUUGUCGUAAUCGGAAAUAAACCGUGAAAAUAGACCGAACGGAGUCCACUUGUAUUAUAGCGUCUUAUGAUAGUGAAGGAUUGUAAUGACAGUAACAAUAACAAAGAAUCGCGGUAAUUUAAGAAUGAACUCGAGAGGAGAGAAACGCGUGAGGGAGAGAGUAUAGUAGGCGGUGCAAACCGGUGGCUCUCCAGUCCUCCAACUCUUUCCGCGACACUGGGGAGCUUCCGGUUUCUCGCAACCGCAAAAAAAAAAUAGGGCUGAGGACACGCGGGACACUCGUCGCGCGAAUCCUUCGCUCUCGCGGAUUCGGACCUGUCAAAGGGAAAACGCGAAAACGAGGAGAUGACGUGUUCGCGCGAGCGAUGGACAAAUUGGCCGGACGAGUGUCCGGCGCAAAGGGCCGAACCUAGAGAUUUUUACCAAAAUGACUCCAUGCCACGCGAGGUAAAGGCAGUUGCAGUUAAUUCGUAACACGCGCUCUGUGUUUUAUGAGAAGGAGCGAUCGUUGUUGAGAAGCCAGGGUACGGGAGUUCCGAGUGUCCGGCGCGGAACGAAAUUUUGCCGCGAUCGCGGUCCUGGCAGAUUUUAUCCCGGCUUCUUUUUGUCGGGAUCGUACAUGACGCGUAUAAGUACGUGUACAACAAUCGUUUUCAGAACGUUUGCGGAACGAACAAGGUGCGCGACUUCCGCCUCCGUGGAGGACGAAAUGAUCUCUGCAUCCUUUCUAGUAUCGCGCGUGUUUCGCCCCGGACGCGAAGAAUUUUUCGCGAGGAUUAUCGAUGAGAUAAGGGAUCGAGAUGUUAGUUUAGGAGACAGACGCUUUCCUUUUUUUUUUCUUUUUUAAAAGCAAUGCGCACCUGAGGCGCUUGAAUAAUUAUUUCGCGCUAGCGAGGACUAGCGAUGUAACUAUUCGCGCCUCGCACAUCGCCGCCGCAUCGUUAUUUAACUUACGUUCGCAUUGUUUUUAAGAAGCAACACUCUACACGCGUUCUCGCACGCGCGAGGGUAUGCGUUUCCUUUCCACUCGGUUUGCCCGCCGAUAUUUCAGCGUCGUUCGGUUUAUCGGAACAUUCGGUCAGUGAUCGACUGCUGACGCGUUGCACGGGACGUAAUUUGGAAAAAAAUUGUAUUAUAUAUCGAAACCGAAAAAUCCUCUAUUAUAUGUAAGAAUAAUGAUGUAUAUAUAUAUAUUGAUUAUUACACACGGUAAA